AUGUAUCUCGACCGCUCAAACCUUACAAAUGCCUACGUCUCGGGUAUGGAAGAAGACCUUCACUUCGUGGGGAAUCAACUCACUCAAAUCAACACCAUCUUCACCUGUGGUUACAUUAUCGGCCAGAUCCCCUCUAAUCUGGCCUUGUACUAUGUUUCGCCUCGCAUCUUCUUCCCGUCGAUGAUGCUUGUAUGGGCCUCCCUGACCAUGGUCACGGCAUCUGUCCAGAAACCCGAGCAUAUAAUGGCCAUCCGUUUUUUCCAAGGCAUUGCUGAAUCUACCACCUUUGUCGGAACGCACUACAUCCUUGGCUCAUGGUACACUUCCAAAGAGCUUGGCAAGCGUAGCGGCAUCUUCACAGCCUCUGGACUUGCCGGCACCAUGUUCGGCGGUUUCAUUCAGACCGGGAUUCAGAAGUCUUUACACCACAAGGGUGGCCUGACCGGCUGGCGCUGGCUCUUCAUCAUCGACGGACUCAUAACCCUCCCCGUCGCCAUCUACGGCUUCCUCCUCUUCCCCGACACACCCAGCACCACGAAAGCGCCCUACCUCUCCGCCAGCGAGCGCGCCCUCGCCAUCUCCCGCGUGCCCGAAGUCCCCGAACGUGCCCCAUUGAGCUUCGCCUUCGUGAAGCGCGUCCUCACCUCCUUCUACUUCUACGCCUUCGUCAUCCUCUGGAUCAUCGCCGGCGAGACCGAGUCCUUCUCGACCAACACGCUCCUCGCCCUCUACCUCAAGGCGCACCCGACCAACACGUACACGGUCGCCCAGCUCAACGACUACCCCACAGGCGUGCCGGCCGUCGGCAUCAUCUCGACGCUCUUCUGGGCGACGCUGACCGACUUCCUCGGCGGCAAGCGCUACCUGGUCGGCUACUGGAUCGGCAUCACGGGCGUCGUCACGUCGGCCAUGAUCCUCGGCGCCUUCGGCAGCACCGCCACCGUCAUGGGCGCCUACUACUGGGCCGGCAGCGUCUACGCCUGCCAGGCCACCUUCUUCGCCUGGGCCAACGACGCCCUGCGCUACGAGGAGGACAUGCUGCGCGCCGUCGUCGUCGCCUCGAUGAACAUGGGCAGCAACGUCUUCAACGCCUGGUGGUCCAUCGUCUUUUACUCGGCAGACUUUGCGCCCAAGUUUACGAGAGGUAUGUGGGCCAUGAUCGGCUGUUCGAUCGCACUCGCCGUGUGGACGACCGUCUUGCUUCUGUGGACCGUGCGUGUGGACAAGAACCGCGUCGUCGAUGGCACUGGCAGCGAGCCCGGGCAGAGGGGAGAGGGUAGCAUCGAGGAGAAAGACGACGUGGUGGCAGGUGAGAAGGUGUGA